CUUCCACUAGGUCUGUCCACUAGGGUCGCUCAGCUCUCUUUUGUUCGAGGACUGCCACUGUGGGAAAGUGCGUGAAGGCAGCGCAGAGACGAGCUGAUCUGAUCAUGGUGUUGUGGCUGUGAACCUAAUUUUGUCGAUGAAGCUGCAAGACAGUUCGUUGUCUUCAGUGGUGUAGCUGGCUAACGUCCAUGUUAGCAACCAGCCUGUUGGUGUAAAUGCUUUUCACUAGAAUGGACCUGUUGAACCCUCAGUUCCUGGACAAGAUGAACAAUAACAUUGGGAGACUGCACUACGAAGAUGAGUCCAGGAUGCCCUCCCUGUCCACUGCCAUGCCCAACAUAACUGGGCCUCCUCCACACUGCCCGAACAAGCGGAAGUACGGCGAAGAACAAAUGGAGGACCGAAUCAACUGUGAUGAUGACCACAUGACCAAAAUGAGCAGAUUGUUUGCCACUCAGCUGGCCCGUCCCUCUGCUGGAGACAACCGCAAUGAGCACUGGAGCCACAGCCCUGGCCCUGUGGAGCACAUUACUUCCUCCUCCAAUGGGCUCCAUGGGAACCACCUGUAUUCUUCCAUGUCUGGCUUCGCUGUAGACCAGCCUCUGGCUCUGACCAAAAGCAGCCACAACAUUGGAGUUGGCGUAAUAGCAAAGUCUAGCAGAGGGACUGUGGAGCGGCAGCAGAAUCGUCCCUCAGUUAUUACCUGUGCCCCUGCGAGUAACCGCAAUUGUAAUCUCUCACACUGCCACAAGAAUGGCUGCACUCCCAGCCCACCCAUUGAUCAGAGAAAGACCAAUGCUAACGCAGUAUGCGAUCCUGUGAUUGAGGAGCACUUCCGCCGCAGCCUCGGAAAGAACUACAAAGAAGCGGAGGCGGUGUCUGACUCGGUGUCCAUCACGGGUUCAGUGGACGACCACUUUGCCAAGGCGCUGGGAGAUACCUGGCACCACAUCAAGGCCCGGGGCGGCGAUCCUCAAAGCCCAGAGGCUGAUCCUUGAAUCAGAGGGGAGUGAGCGUUGCAAUCACUUCCCGAGUAUGCGCAUAUGAGAGUGGAGAUUGCCCACCGUCUUUCCUUGCCAAGAAUCAACUUCCCUUAGCCAAGAACAGCGUUAGAUGUAUGGUGCUCCCAUAGGCUGUUCACACGUGGACCUCUAGUUUGACUUCCCAUUAGAACACCCGGCGCAGAUUUGUAAUCUCAAAUUGUCCCUGUCACAGAGGUCGAACUUCGUAUUGCAUAGAUGACUUGAUGAUUUUAGUCGCUGAAACAAUGAACAAUCAUAUAUUAAAUUUUGCAGAGAUAAUGAGAUCAACAAAGUGUUCACUUGCCUCGAUAGCCAAAGAAAUUUCCUGCCUUUUCCACCAAUAUAUAUAUAUAAAGCAUAUAUAUAAGCCAUAGACCUAGUCUUUUAUUGUAAUUCUAAAAUCACACUGCUUUUGAAACAAUAUUACUUGAAAAGGACAGCCAGGUCUCAUUUGCACUAUUACGUGUCUGAGCGUUUAGGUAGCAGGUUUCCCGUUUCAUUUGAUACUAAAGCGUUCCGCAAUGCAUUUAGUGUUUUGAGGUUGUGAUAAUGCAAGUAAGGCUCUGGCCCCCCCUCCCUCCCCUCCCCCCGCUUUCUGAAGACACUAGAUUAUUGUUGCGAUGGUGAACUGGACGUAUCCACUGUUGAAUAAAUAGUUUUAGUUUCCUGUCUUUACACUCACUGUGGCUGAUUACGUAGCAAACUAAUAUCAAUCCUAGAAGAAAUCUCGAACUAGAAAGCAUGUUUCAAAUAGCUGGUUUCUAUUACAAACCUUAUUCUAUACGAUAUAUUUACUCAGAAUUUAUUUUUUAUCUAACAUUGUAGAAACACUCACUGCUGGUACAGUUGUACUCAAUAUAUUUUUUUGUAUCCGGUUUUCAUUACUAUAUGUAGGUGUAUAUCUUGGCAACCAUCUACAAAAAUCACAGCCUCUGGCAAGGUUGUCUCAGUGCAGUUCAGUAGGCUGCAUCACUUGUGUUAUUCUGUGGAGCUGGACGCUGUAGCUUUACACAUGACUGAAUACAGCUAAAUCAGAUCUGUAGCACUGUUUUUUUUUUUUUCCUUUUUUUCCUUUAAGCAGUGGCCUUAUUUAUUCUCCGCAUAAUCAAGAUUCAUGUUGACUUUUGGCAAAACGUAGUGACAGAAGGCGUUUCCUUUCCUACAAAAUUAAAACUAAGAGUUUGAUGCACAUGUAAUACGGUUGUUUUUAAUUAACGAGUAGGCAUCGACAUUCCACCGCUGCUGCCUGACACCUCCAGUCACUUCAGUUGUUUAGCCUGUUACAAGUAUGUUUGUCUUUUUUUUUUUUUUUUUUUUUCAAAUCAAGGUGUGAGCUGCAAAAAUGUUCUUAAUUAUGGAGAAAGGGUUAAAGUGACUCAUUUUAUUUUAGUGCAGUUGAGUUUUGUGUAAAUUAAAAUUUCCCCUCUUUUGAAAUUCUCUUAUAAUAGCCUAACCCAUUUGUGAACACUGAUUAUGGUAUUGUAAAGUUGUUUUUGUUGUGUCAGUUAACUGCCUGUGAAAACAUUUGCAUUUGUAUUCUGCAGUUUUGAAAUUGUUACACUAUCCUGUCUUUAUAUUUUAUUUUACUCAUAAGACUAUCAUUGCGCCGUGCGGAAUGAUCAUAGAUAUUUUAUUUCUACUCUGGGUAAUGUACUCAUCUGUAGCAUGGAUGUUAGUUACCUUCUAAUCAUGCAUCUACUUUCUAAAAGUUUAUUGUUUUCCCACAGUUUUCGAGAUGAUUAAUAAGUGCAGGAACACGACAGUCUUUGGAUCAAAGUCUCUCUUGGCUCAGUGUCAGAGAGACUAAUGUAACAGUUUAGAGGGGUUUUUGUUUUGUUUUCUAGCUUUCCGUGUGUACCAUACUAGAAAUUAGGGAUUAUAAUGGGAUCUUCUUGUUUGACACAAGUGGAGUUUUCAGUUAUUUGUUUGGGGUAUUAGGACAUUGUUAUUUAAUAUCUAUAUUUAGACUACCUGUAUCUCAAGACUGUUUGCAGAAAGUACCUUCUCUAGGUGUCAUCCACAUAGAAAAAAAAAAUGAAACGUUUGUUCACCGUUGACCUUAUUUCUCUGGAAGAAAAUACCACUUUUUGUACUUAACAUUUCUUCCAAAUAAACAUAUAAUGCCAACAUUA